AGAAUUAUUUAAAGAAAAAAAUGUUGAAACUAAUGAAGCAAAAUGUUUGAUGAAUGAACUUCUUCAAAUACCUUUUAUAGGAAUUCAAGUAAUAAGUAAUCAAAUAUUAGUUUUUGGAAUCGACUUUUUUAAUAAUUCUUUCUUUAGAUCUUUUAAAAUUUGUAAAUAUACUAUUCCUUUAAGAAUUUCUAAUCGAAAAGUUGUUGAAGAUUUUUUGAAAAAUUCUUUAAAAGUAAAAUAUUAUUUAGAAGAAGUGUUUAAUAAACUUGUUGAAAUUAGGAAUAGAAUUGAUUAUUUAUCUAAUAGAAUAGAAAAUGAAAGAUCAGGAUCAAGCAUGUCAUUAUCUACAACAUAUUAA